GCCCGUGGGCCCUCGGCCCCGAGUUCCAGCCCGAGAUCUUCGAGCGGCUGGCGCCGUCCGAGGCCCUCCGGGGGCACGUCUCCAUGAGCCCCUUCCAGCUCUCGGAGGAGACGGGCGACGGUGCCGAGGAGGUCGAGCCCGCGAGCGCCUGCUCCGCCGCCGCGCCGCUGGAGCGCGCACUGCGCCUCAGCAGGCUCACGCCCGGCAGGGUCCUGGUGGACCGCCAGCGGGAGGAGGCGCCGCAGGGCGUUCUCGUGGCGGACGGCACGCGCAUAGGCUUCUGCAACUCGGGCGACAGCAUGCCGCUGCUGGUGUUCCUCCUCCACGUCAGGAGCGUCGCGAAGACGGAGGAGGCCGAGAUGCCGGCCAUCCCAGAGGUGCCGGAAGAGGACCCGCCGCCCUCGGCCGCGGAGCUCCUGCUGCCGGCGCCCGCGCCGCAGGCCCUGGGGCCGCAGGCCGAGGAGCGGCUGCGCGAAAGCGUGGCCCUGGCGCCGGAGUGACCCUCCUGGUGCGGGCCCACGGGCCUCCCCCGAUCGCCGAGUUCGGUACGAUGGCAGCGGCUUGCGCGCCGGGGUUUGGCCCUCCCCCUCCCCGCCGCUCCCACCCGAGGCCCCGCACCAAGGCUCAAGCUUGCCUGGCCCUGGUACCCGACGCUGCGGCAACGCUGGAACAUGGCGAAAAAUCGAGACCGAGGCCCCAGACCUCAUUUCCGAGCUGGAUCGGUCUGUGAGGGUCCCAGGGCCCGAAGCCCGGCGCAAACGCCCGUCAAGAAGAAAGGCAGCGCCAGGAUCUCAGGGUUGCCAGAGGAGGCGGCCCCUCCGCCGCCCGCCCCUCUGCUCAUGCUCACGGACGGCAGCGUGGAGCCGCCGAGCCGCGCGGCGUCCGCGGACGAGCCCGCCGAGCCGGCGCCCGCGGACGAGCCCGCCG